AUUAUAUCAAAACUCAAGUUAAAACUUUAAAUCUCGUAGAGGUGCGUUUUUGAUGCAACCCCAGUUAGCUCUUCGUUUAAUGAGUGCGGGGCUGCACCCUCGGUAUAUGCUAACUAGUCGUCGCCCGGUUUCCUUUCCACCUCUUUUUCUCCUUUAUACCUGAUUCGUAUCACACUACGUAGAAGGCCUCUUCAUGAUGAACGGCACAUGCUUACCUGCUUCGCGUUGCUUAAGGCAUCCUACUACCGCUGGCCUGUCGUUGCUCUCUAGGCGGUCUUCACCUCGUAAUGUCCAACCGUUUAAGCCGGUGGCGCUCUUCCGCCAAACGAGAUCGUAUAUCGCAGCGCAAAAGAUCAAAGUGACGAAUCCCAUUGUCGAGCUUGACGGGGACGAGAUGACCAGAGUCAUCUGGAAAGUCAUCAAGGACAAAUUCAUCUUCCCUUACCUCGAUAUUGACCUGAAAUAUUACGACCUGGGAUUGGAGCACCGAGACGAAACUAAUGAUCAAGUCACGCUUGACGCCGCCGAGGCAAUUCGGAAAUACUCAGUUGGCGUCAAAUGCGCAACGAUCACACCUGAUGAAGCUCGAGUGAAGGAGUUCGGUUUGAAGCAGAUGUGGCUCUCACCCAACGGCACGAUUCGAAACGCCCUUGGCGGGACUGUUUUCCGCGAGCCUAUUGUAAUUCGAAGCAUCCCCCGGUUGAUAUCGGGGUGGAAGAAACCGAUCAUCAUCGGGCGGCAUGCUUUCGGGGACCAAUAUCGAGCAAAAGACAGAAUCAUCCCGGGACCCGGAAAGCUGACAAUGGUAUAUACCCCUGACGGCGGCAAGCCUGAAGAGAUUGAAGUCUUUCAAUUCAAGGAAGGCGGCGGGGUAGCCCAGACUCAGUACAAUACUACAGAGAGUAUCACUGGUUUCGCACGCGCCAGCUUCAACCUAGCUCUAAGCAAGAAAUUACCCCUAUACAUGAGCACUAAGAAUACCAUCCUGAAGCACUACGACGGCAAAUUCAAGGAUAUCUUCCAGGACCUGUACGAUGCAGAGUAUAAGGAGGCGUUCCAAGCCAAGAAUAUCUGGUACGAACACCGUCUUAUCGAUGACAUGGUCGCUCAGAUGAUUAAGAGUUCCGGGGGGUUCAUCAUGGCCCUUAAGAAUUAUGAUGGUGAUGUCCAGUCCGACAUUGUUGCUCAAGGCUUUGGCUCUUUGGGUCUCAUGACAUCUGUGCUGGUUACACCUGACGGUAAGACAUUUGAGUCGGAAGCUGCUCAUGGAACAGUGACACGUCACUACCGUGAGCACCAACGUGGACGUGAAACGUCAACGAACCCAAUCGCGAGCAUUUUUGCUUGGACACGCGGGUUGUCACAGCGUGGUAAGUUGGACGGAACGCCAAACUUAGUAGCCUUUGCGGAUAUGCUGGAGACGGCGUGUAUUGAUACCGUUGAUGUCGACGGUAUUAUGACCAAGGACUUGGCUCUUGCCUGCGGCAAAACCUCUCGUAAAGACUAUGUCACGACCAACCAGUACCUGGAUACAGUCGAGACGCGGCUAGGCUUAAUCCUUGAAUCGGUACUCUGAGCAGAUAUCGAGUAUAAGCGUUAAAGGCGUUGCUUCGAGGGUUGACGAGAUAUGUACUCUUUUAAUUCGAGGAUAAUUAGCACCAUCAAUGUAACAAUCGCUAAGUACCGAGAAGAUACGGUACGUACGCGUUAUUAGAAAACCCGGAUAGUAAAGAGGAAAAUGUACUCUUUUAAUAAUUUGUUACAUAGAGAGCUACUUAUACAUGGCUCCCUAUUCCUUCUCGAGUUACUCGCUUACCUAAUAUAGCUCCUAGCUCGCUUAUGUAAUAUAGCUCGUAGUUUCCUAUCGUUUAUAUAUAGGUAGCUCGUAUCUCCUUUAUUAAUCUCCUUCUUUCUUAGAUAGUUAGUUAAUUUACCUUCUUCUUCUUA